GGCUUCAAGCCGCCUGCGAAGCUGUUUCCGUCAUCUUGCAUCCGGGCGGUACCUGUGCUCUUAAAAGCGCGAGGAGUCCCUGGGAAAAGGGAAAUGAGCACGAAAUUUGAAAUCGCGAAGCUGCAGCAGGUUGGCCGGAGAGCUGCCUGUAGUUUGAGUUUCCCCAGCCCAGUACUUCUCCACCAGUGACCCUGGACAGUCACAAAACACAAAUGCUGCUGGCAGCGUAGGUGGUAUAGUUACUCUUGAAUCAGUGAGCCAUGGCAUCUAAGAAAUUUGCUGUUAAAUGUGGGAAUUUUGCUGUCCUGGUGGAUCUCCACGUAUCACCGCAAGAUUCAAGCAAAGAUACCAGCUGGUUUUCCGAACACAAGAAAGAGGAAAUCUGUUUACUGUUAAAAGAAACCAUUGAUUCAAGAAUUAAGGAAUACUUGGAAGUUCGUAAACAACACAAGCCAUCAAGUACUGAAUUCACAAGAUCCAAUCCCUUGUCCUUAAAAGGUUACGGCUUUCAGAUCACAGCCUAUUUCCUCAAGAGAGGCAUACGCCUGCGCUGUAUCAGAGGUUCGCCAAAUUCUGAUCUCCGCGUGUUCCCGGACAGAUUUGUGGUCUGUGUAAGUCAGCUUCCAGUGGACUGUGAUCUUUCACUCAGUCAGAAGGAAGAACUGAACCUCAGGAAGCAGAUUUCUGUUCCAGUGCCUGGAUGAAUCAGAGCUUACAAAGUAUAAAUACACAUUAGCAGGAGGAGGCUUCCCAGAACCCAUGUGCCUGUGUGUCUUCCCAGACCAGGAACCUCUGAACUCUUGCUUCUCAUUCCCAGUAGAGGCAAGAAAGAGACCCACAGUCAAAACGGAAAUAGUAGAGCCUUGCUCAGCUGAACUUCAAACCUUGGUAGGCCUGUUGAUUUUUUUUUUUUUUUUUUUUCUGGAAAGAAAGCUGGCUUUUCAUUGCACUGUUGCAUACUUGCUCACUUUGGGACACACAGGUGUGAGGCAUCUAGAAAGGUAGGAAACCCAGACCGUGGCUGCUCUGGCUCUUUUGCGACCUCAGAAAUAUUUCUAAAUAAGUUCCAUUUGACUCACUGACCUCUCAGAUCAGCUAAUAAAGAUGAAGCACUUAGGCCAUAACUUGCUCAAGGGGCCAGUGCAAUUAUUUUACUUAAGAAUGAUGUCAGGUGGCAAUUUAGCAACCAACUGGCUCUCAGGCUAUUUAAUUCAGUUUAACAAGGAGGAAAAACAUUGUAAUUAAUGAAGAACUU